UUUCUCCGAGAGUGAGAGAGAGAGGAGAAAAAAGCUUUCUUUUUCUUUUGAAAUUUUAAAGCAAGGUUCGAAGGGUUUAAUUGGUCGCAACUACCCCCCAAACCCACCAAAACGUGUGUUCCCGUUUUCCCUCCCUUUUUCCUUCACUUUCUCGGACGCCAAACAGGCUCCGGAAAACCAGAGCGAAUAGCCGAAACUAGCACUAGACACGAAGAAGACUGAAGAAUCUUUUUGCUGGUGGAAGACUGAAGAAUCUUUUUGCUGGUCGAAGCCUGAAGAAUCUUAGUCCUCCGAUCAAGAACAAUGGAGGACCCGCCGUUAUCGACCGCAAUUUUGCUCCUUUUCUGCUUAAUUCUUCUUCCGAUUGGAGAAUCCGACCUAGAAUCCGACAGAGCGACUCUAAUCAACCUCAGAAACUUCCUCGGCGGCCGAACUCUCCGGUGGAACACCUCGCUCUCCUCGCCGUGCUCGUGGCUUGGCGUGAGGUGCGAUUCCAUCGGAGUUUCCGAGCUCCGGCUUCCCGGCGCUGGACUCAGCGGCGACCUCCCUGCCGGUUUCGGGAAUUUGACUCGGUUGCAGAAGCUCUCUCUUCGUUUUAAUGCUCUCUCCGGUCCGAUCCCAGCCGACCUCGGAAAUCUCAGUGGUCUCAGCGAGCUUCACUUGGAAGGUAAUUUUUUCUCUGGACAAGUUCCUGACUUCUUGUUUGGUAUGAAGAGUUUGGUGAGAUUGAAUUUAGCUGAUAAUAUCUUCUCCGGCGAGAUUUCGCCGCGGUUUGGUAACUUGAAGAGGUUGGUGGUUCUGUAUUUGGGGAAUAAUAGCUUUACUGGUUCAAUUCCGGAUAUUGAUUUGCCUGAACUUGACCAAUUCAAUGUGUCGUUUAAUCGAUUGAACGGGUCGAUUCCCGAUAAGCUUGCGAGGUUUUCGGCGGAUUCUUUUCUAGGAAAUUUUCUCUGUGGGAAGCCAUUGAAAUCGUGUGAUGGGAGUGGAACUGGCGAGAAGAAGGAUAAUAAGUUGUCUACUGGAGCAAUUGUGGGGAUUGUGAUGGGGUGUGUCAUUGGGGUGUUGAUCAUUCUUGCUAUUUUGAUCUUCUUGUGUCGGAGAAAAGAAAAGGGUGAGAAGGAAAUCAUCCCGAAGAUGACAGAGGUCGAAAUUCCAAAAGGAAAGGCGGCGAUGGAGAGUGAGAGUUUGAGUGGUGAUUAUUCGAAAGUGAGCGCGAAAAGGGGCGCUGGCGGGAUCAGGAAUUUGGUGUUUUUUGGGAAUACCAUUAGGGAGUUUGAUUUGGAGGAUCUGUUGAGGGCAUCCGCAGAGGUGCUUGGGAAGGGGACUUUUGGGACGACUUAUAAGGCAAGUCUGGAGAUGGGGAUUUCCGUGGCAGUGAAGAGGUUGAAGGAAGGGACUGCGCCGGAGAAGGAGUUCAGGGAAAGGAUGGAACAGGUUGGAAGAAUGGAUCAUGAGAAUUUGGUGCCACUCAGGGCUUAUUACUAUAGCAGGGAUGAGAAGCUUCUUGUUUAUGAUUACCUGCCCAUGGGAAGCUUGUCUGCACUUUUGCACGGAAGCAACGGUGCAGGCAGGACUCCUCUGAACUGGGAAACACGGUCUGGCAUUGCCCUUGGAGCUGCUCGUGGGAUUGCAUACCUGCAUUCACACGGUUCGUCCCAUGGAAACAUCAAGUCUUCGAAUAUCCUCCUCACGAGAUCCUAUGAAGCUCGUGUCUCAGACUUUGGCCUUGCUCAUCUUGCAAACCCCGACCCUACCCCUAACCACCGCGUUGCUGGUUACCGUGCCCCAGAAGUCACAGAUCCUCACAAAGUAUCCCCUAAAGCAGAUGUGUACAGCUUCGGUGUACUGCUCUUGGAGCUGCUCACUGGGAAGCCUCCCACUCAUUCCCAGUUGAACGAUGAAGGAGUUGACCUUCCGAGAUGGGUCCAGUCUGUGGUUCGGGAAGAGUGGACUGUAGAGGUGUUUGACCUCGAGCUUCUCAGGUACCAGAAUGUUGAGGAUGAAAUGGUAGAGCUUUUGCAGCUUGCUCUGGAUUGUACCGUGCAAUACCCUGACAAGCGUCCCCCAAUGGCUGUGGUGACAAGGCGAAUCGAGGAGCUCUGUCAUUCCAGCUCUCAGCGAGAAGAGAAUGUAACUAAUGAGUCAUUUUAUGGCACGGAUGAGGGGAUUUCACAGCAGUAUUACUCAGCUGAUUCAGUUGUGCCGCCUUCCUUAAAAGACUGAAGUACUAGCAGCAACGUUUCAUUGCUGCUCUAUUCUUUGCUUCAUCAUAAAAGCUCACUGUGCAGGAUUUUUUCGCCUCUUAUUGAUUUUUUCUAUUUUUUCCCCUUGUUUUCAUAAUAUAGCAAGUUUCUCUCCCCUUGGUUAUGCCUUACUUGAUAAGGGGUACCAAUACUGUUGAUUUAUGUCUGUUGUGUGAAUUGUUUAUUUGCUAUUAGUUGGGUAAUUCCACAGCAAAUCCAUGCAUAUUUGGCUCUCAUACACAACCAGUUUUGGAAGCUCCAGUUGCGUUUGAAAUGCACUGUCUACAAUUAGUAGUUGAAAAUUGAAUCUCCAAUUUUACCUGUUUAUUC